CGAUACCGCACCGUACCGACCGGCCUCACGCCAGUCUACUAAAGGCUCUGCACUGCAGCGGUGCCCUAUCGACAUACUUUGCGAGUUAAAUCAUUCGAUUUCACUUGCUCAGAAACAUCGUUCGUUUGUGGAUUACUUCGUGUCAUCACUAUCCAGUGCUUCAGCGAUCUCAGUGAUAGUGCGUUUAUAGUAGUAACCGAUUUCAGUGAUUCUUCGAAGCUUCUUUGCUCAUCCCGCGCUUAUUGACGCCGGUCUUUUCCAACAACAGAAGCCAACAAUGAAGAAGACGAAAAAUUGUGGGAGUGGGUGGUGGGUGGUGUUACUGACAGCCACGCUCGCAGUGGGGACACUAGCUGAUGCUGGCGUAGGUCUCUUUAAUGCUAGACUUAAACAAGUUACCACCUCCAGCACUCUGAAAUGGGGUAAUUUGAAAAAAGAGGCAAUGGAAUAUUACGUCGCAGGAGCUGAGUCUCAACAAGGACCCAUAUAUGUGUGCAGAACUCGACAUGAAGGUGAUAUGCUUUUGGGACAACUUAGGCCGGACUACACUUCCUGUGCCGUAUCAGGAAGUAAAAGUUACAACGUAUUUGAAGUGUUGGAAAAUAUUGAGAAUGCCUCUUUAAUCAUGUGGAAACCGUGGAACAAAUUUAACUCAAAACCUAGCGGCGCGGUUGUUGGGGACUCUUCUGGUGAUUCUGUUUUUAUAGGACGAAUGAAAGCGGAAAGUGGUUUUUCACAUAACAUCGGAAGAAUCAUAUAUGAAAGUACUGUAGGAUUUUUGUUUACCUUCGAUGAAAAAAAUAAAGAACUUGAAGAAAACAGUGGAGAAAUUCUAGUGGAAAUCGAACCAUUGAGUUAUAAAUUGGAAAAUGUCGAGUUGGAUUUGGAGACGCAGCACGAAAGACAGACUGAUCCUCAAGUGUACGAGGAACGAAUUUUGAGAAACGACGGUGAUGCGGGUGCCACGGUCACAACAGAAAUUGAAUACAAAUACAACUACACUUUGUCAUGGGGGCAUGGUCAUGGAAUUGCUAUUGGGUUAAAUACAACCAUAGAAAUGAGCGACGGUACUUUAUUACAACAAAUAGAAUGGGCUAAUCCAUUUUCAGAAGAAAGAAAAGAAUUGUACAAAUUGGAAAAAUACCUUGAACCAGGAACAGCUUGCAAUGUAACGUUCAGAGGUAAUAACACUGAUCGUGACGUACUCUAUACGGCCAAAUUGGUAACAUACUACAAAGAUAACAAUGCGCGAUCGAGACAAAUGAGAGGAGAGCGAAUCGAGAACACGGUUGAGGUCGAAGCAAUUUACGGUGAAAUUUACUAUACAGUUAAUAAUACACUCGUGCCCACAACGACGACCACCACUACCACUACCACCUCGACCACUACGACUACCACUCAAGCACCGGUACCUGUACCACCAUCGGUCGAGAGAAACGAUGUCGGCAUGAUAAUGGACAGUAACGAUAUAUUAGGUGAUAGCGGCGAGGAUAUGGUAAAAGCACCACCCGUGAAGGAAGACAUCAAUCGCUCUGUGGUCGGGGGUCUGGGUAGCAAUCCAAACGGUGCCAGCAGCGAUAAGAUCAUUAUCUUAACAUUAUUCGUAUCGUUAUUCGCUCUUUUGCUUUAAAUUAUUGCCUCAAAUAUAGCUUUCCUUGUAAAUAAAAAGAUUAUAUCAUUGACAUUAUAGUUGCUUGACGUUAUUAUAUAUGCGGCAACUAAGCUUUAUGCAGUUGUUUAUCGUCCGAGAAUAGGCUAAUCAAUCUCGGUACAUUUUGUAAAUAAAGAACGUUUUUGUUUACAAGACAUUCCUGUUAAAUAUUUUCAUUCCAAUUGUAUAAAUUGAAGACCUAUAACAUCUUAAUGUAUAUAGAUUUUGUAAAUAGUUAAGAAUAUGGAAGUCGCAGAGCGACGACAAAUAUCUUCAUUGCGAACGAUAAAUUGAUUAGGUUUGUUGAUUGGAAUAAAUAUAUGCAGCACUGUUACCAAUCCACAGAAAUCGUAAUCCGUUGUAUUAAAUAAUGGCUAUUAAAAACGCAAACAAUUCCAAUAAUUUUAUAAUACUUAUAUAUAAUGCAAGAUAAUGUUUAUAAUAAUUUAAAGAUAUGAUCAUUACAAUAGUUUUUUCUUUGAGGCGAGAGUAUAAUGUACCUUAUAAGUUAUCUACGCAUGUUUUUUUUAAUUCAUCAAUUAUCAUAACUGGCUUAGCUUAAAAUGUCAUGUAACGUCCUUAUAUAGACCUCGUUAUAUAUUUAUCUGUAUUUCUUACUCUAAAUAUUACUGUUCAAACAUCUUACAACUUAUAAUUCCAACGGAAAUAUUAACGAGCAUUGUAUUAAAUCGAUAACAUAUCUCUUCAUUACCUCUUUUAAUUUUUAUCUUGUUUGUUAUUUUUAGUUAUUAUAAGAGUUUUAAAAUCUAAAAUGAAAGAUUGUAUUUUAAAAACUUUUAGUGAUAGAUAUUUAAUUUAUUUGUUUUAGGUUAAUGAGAACAUUAAUUAUUAAUAUAGGUUCCAUACAUGUAUUAUUGAGAAAUAUUUAGACAACUAUAACUUUGUUAUUACCAAAGUUAAAUUUCUUUAAAAGUUUACAUAAUUUUAAGAGUAAUCGUUUAUGAAACAGUAGCUUCCCGUAAAGCGAUUCAUCAGAAACGUACACCAAUUAGCAAAUUAAAAUUAAUAUAAGUCUUAUGUUGCUUACGAGUAGCUGUUUAUCGUGAAAGUAAAAAGAAUAAAUAUUUUUAUAUGAAAUGUCGAGCCUAUGCGCACUAAUUGUCUUAAUGAAGUUACAAGUGCGCAUCUGCCCUUACAUUAACCAAUAUUAUUAUGUAUGUACGCGCUAAUAAUGUAACAUUUCGUAUAUAGUAUUUUCAUCAAAUCAAAAUCACGUGUCCAUAGAAUUAUAAAACAAAUAUUGUUAUGUGAUUUAUAUUUAGUAACAAAACCCGAAUCUCAUUAUUAACGUUAUUUGUAAAGAUCAAUAUCCCACCUAGUUGUAACAUUAUCGAGUAAGAUUUAGAAAUAUGUAUUACAAAUUAUCAUUGAAAUGUAUUAUUCCAAAUAUAGAGAGACGUCAGAUGCGUAAGCUUGUUCCACAUGAUUGCAUGCAAAUAUGUAACAAUGACCCUGUAGUCUGUAUUGCAAAACAUAACAUUUUACAUAAUCGUGUUAAACUCGGUAUAAUAUUUUUCAAGUAUUCGCCAUACCUAUAUAAAUAAAUCCGUUUUAUAAAACAUAUUUAAUUAUUUGCUUCAUAGAUCCUCGUUGUGGAAAUUAAAAUAUAUUCAUGAAUCUUUAACAUCAAGAUUGUUUGCGAAGCAUAAUUGUGAUGUUCUAUGUAAGUUUUGUUUUCAAUCAUUAAAGUGUAAUUAUAAA